GCUACCAGGAGUACCGGGCGUUGUAUUCUGUUGCCGGCCGUUUGGCAGCAGCACCCGGCCCGCCCCGACCCCGUCUUUGCGAGGCGUGCGGCCCCGCCGGCUGCCCCCGCCUGCAGGGACCGGUGCCGCCCCGGAGGGGCCGGGGCCGGGCAAGCUUUGGCGAGGUCGGGCGCUCGGGGGCAGGCCGGGCUCCGCGGCAGGGACGGCGUGACGAGAGGGCCGGGCUCGGCGCAGGCCGGGCCGGCGGGGACCAGCGGGGUGGCCGCGGCGGGCGACGGUUGCCGGGGCGGCGGGGGCGGGCUGUCCGCCGGAAGCACCGGCGGCGGCGGCGGAGGAUGGAGGCUGAGCCGGAGCGAGCGGAGGCGCCGCGGCGGGGGGGCGCCGCCGCCGGGGUGCUAAAGAUGGGCCGCCGAGCCCGCCAGGACGAAAAUCUCAGCAGGAAGAAUUCCCUGUCUGCUUCUCUCGGAGAGGAUGAAGACCCUGAGGAAAAGGUUGACCAUGGUCCACCACCUAAACCUCCACGCCGGCAAGGAGGCUGGGCAGAUGAUCCUGUACUGGCAGCUACCAAGUCAGGAAGAAAGCAUGCAGAAGAAGUAGAAGACCAUCGUCUCAGACAGCAGAGCCUGGAGGCAUCAGAUGAUGGAGGAGACAUUCCCGUGAUCCCUGACUUGGAGGAAGUCCAGGAGGAAGACCUGGCCAUGCAAGUGGCAGCUCCUCCCAGUGUGCAGGUGAACCGAGUGCUGACGUACCAUGACCUGGACAAAGAUCUGAUGAAGUAUGCUGCCUUUCAGACUCUGGAUGGAGAGGUUGACCUGAAGCUUCUCACCAAAGUUUUGGCUCCAGAGCAUGAACUACGAGAGGAUGAUGUCAGCUGGAAUUGGGACCAUGUCUUCACAGAGGUGUCCUCAGAACUAGUGACUGAGUGGGACCUGGGACAGUCUGAGAGAGAGGAUCACCUCAGUCUGCCCUAGAGCACUGGCACACCAGACAUCUCAUACAUGCAUUCCCUGUAAAUAGGUUCACACUUCAAUUUUUUUUAUUCACUUGUUUGUAUUUGAGAAUUUAUUUCAGACAUGAAAAUAAAUAGGAACUUUCUUUGUAAGAAAACUGA